UCCAUUUGUUCUGGUUUCAGUCUCUGUAACUCAAAGCUUUCAGGCCCAUAUACUCCCGACUUGCUAAUGUCUGAGUCACCUCGUCCCGAUAUGGACGAGUCUGUGACUCUGACGAAGUCCGUACCACGUUUAGAGGGGUCGGGAGAGGAGCAACCCUCGUCCAACUCGAAUGGGUUAACUCAGCAAACACCGGAGCAACUGGUGGCCAGAGCCAUAGCUCCCGUGAAGGCGGAGUUCCUUCGUCCUCCUCCUCUUAGAGGUUCCUCCACGAUCCAGAACGAAGAUGUUUCUGAAGAUGGGGAUAAGGCCUCUGUUCAAUCCGCCGGAUUAGUGAAAGAGAAGAAGUCAAAGCGCCAACUCAAGCGUGAACGUCGUCAGGAACAGAAGUCUGCUAAAAACAUUUGUCCGGAAAUUGCAAAGACAGGAGAUAUUAGUUCAUGUCCUUACAACGACAAAUGCCGUUUCAGCCAUGACAUAGAAGCCUUCAAGGCCCAGAAACCAACUGACUUAGAGGGAGAAUGCCCUUUUUUAAAAGCUGAAGGUUUUUGUCCCUAUGGGUUAGCAUGUAGGUUUUCCAGCACACAUACAGAAAGUAUGCCUUCUGGCAAUCUCAGUGAUCGGAGAAAAACUUCCGAAAGAAAUGGACUGAGCAAAGAUGUUCAAAAGCUUUUAUGGAAAAAUAAGAUGCGCUUCCCCAAGGCAGAUGCCAGUCUCAAAGCUCUUGGACUCUGGGAAUCAUCUAAGUUAAAAAGGAACGACUUAGAAGAUAAGGAAGGUGGCAACAUUGAUUCAAACAAUGGCCACAAUGCUGGUAAUAAUGGCUCUUGUGAAGUUACCAAUGAUUUGGGUUCUAAUUUAGAAAGCUCUGCUGAGGAUACAAAAGUUGAUGGUAUUGAUGGAAAUUUAGAUUCUGACUUACCUUGCCCUCAGAAGAGAAGAAAAACUGAAGACAAUUCUGGCCUUGAUGUGGCAGAAAAUGAAGGUGUGUGCGCUUCUGACCAAAACAUUGAAAAAAGCUGCGUGCAAGCUGAACUUGCCACAGUAACUAAUGUCAUGCCCCCCGAAACGGAUCAAAGCAUGAAGUUACACCCACGAGAAAGGAAGCUUAUUGAUUUUAGAGAUAAGUUGUAUCUUGCGCCUUUGACCACUGUUGGGAAUCUCCCAUUCAGGAGGGUUUGCAAAGUAUUAGGAGCUGAUGUAACAUGUGGAGAAAUGGCGAUGUGCACAAAUCUCUUGCAGGGUCAAGCAUCAGAAUGGGCAUUGCUGAGACGUCAUUUAUCAGAAGAUUUAUUUGGCGUGCAAAUAUGUGGGGCAUAUCCAGACACUAUUGCACGAACUGUAGAGCUGAUAGAAAAUGAAUGUACACUAGAUUUCAUUGAUAUAAAUAUGGGUUGCCCAAUUGAUAUUGUUGUGAAUAAGGGUGCUGGAUCAGCUCUUCUUACAAAACCAAUGCGGAUGAAAAGCAUUGUAGAGGUAGCUUCGGGCACAGUGGAGAAACCAAUAACUAUCAAGGUACGGACAGCUUAUUUUGAAGGGAAAAAUCGUGUUGAUUCUAUUAUUGCCGACAUGGGUUCUUGGGGAGCUAAUGCAGUAACAAUACAUGGUAGAUCACGUCAGCAACGAUACAGCAAGCUUGCUGACUGGGACUAUAUCUACCAAUGUGCCAGGAAGGCACCUACUACUUUGCAAGUGGUAGGGAAUGGGGAUAUUUUUUCAUAUGUUGAUUGGAACAACCACAAGGCUGAAUGCUCUGAGCUUGCUACAUGCAUGAUUGCUCGUGGAGCACUGAUCAAGCCUUGGAUAUUUACCGAAAUCAAGGAACAAAGGCACUGGGACAUUAGUUCUGGGGAGCGAUUCAAUAUUUUGAAAGAUUUUGUACGUUUUGGCCUUGAACACUGGGGUUCUGAUACAAAAGGAGUGGAGACAACCAGACGGUUUUUAUUGGAAUGGCUUAGCUACACAUGUAGAUACAUACCUGUUGGCCUUUUAGAUGUUAUUCCACAAAGGCUAAACUGGCGUCCGCCAUCUUACUACGGACGUGAUGACCUUGAGACUCUAAUGGCUUCGGACUCUGCAGCUGACUGGAUACGAAUAUCAGAGAUGUUACUUGGCAAGGUUCCAGAUGGCUUUUCAUUUACGCCAAAGCAUAAAUCAAAUGCUUAUGAUAGUGCUCAGAAUGGCUGAUCUUGUGCCGCUUAUCUUCUUUGAUGACCUUGGAAGAGAUUCUUGCAUGCGCCGCACGGUAUGAACGAAAUGUUCCUGGUAAAGUGUGCACGCGUGGGCCCCGCGUGAAGUUUUUUCUAUUUUUUAUUGAAUCUGAGUCGUUGCUUUUAUAUGUACUAGUGUGUGUGUGCGCGCGCGCGCAAUAAUUUCUGACUUCUUAGAGACUGUUGUUUUCCCUUGUCCACUGCUAGCUCAUGAGGUGAUAUUGGUGGGUGCUUCUUAUUCAUUGACUUUGACUUUCCCACCGUCUACAUUAGCUUAUCAGUUUUUUGGGUAGAAAGGGGGAAAAAAAACGUUGAAUGGUCUUUGAUAUUGAAAUGGAGACAAUAAUUUAUUGAGGAUGAUGCCGACAUGUAUACUUGGGGUCAACUUUGAUCUUUUUUAUGGUCAAGGCGCUUAUUGAUGGCACUUUGUUCA